AUUACGGGGAGGAGACCAGCCCCACGGCGGGAGGGCGGGGUGGAGGAAUGCUGGCCAGGCUGCGCAGCCGGGUGCCUGGGGCUCGGCAGGGAGAACCAGCCGGGCAGCAAAUCAGAGCAGGAGGAGCUGUCCCAGGUGCCUCAGCUCAGCAGCGCGCGCCGGCGAUGGGGGUCCCCAGAACCUCUCUGCUCUGCCUCUUUGGGGCUGUGUUCUUCUGGACAGGCAACUUCUCGGUCCCCGUGUACAUCAGGACCUGCCACCGGCCCUCCUGCACCACCGCGGGCACCUCCAGCCCCUGGACGGCCAUCGACCUGCAGGGCUCCUGCUGCGAGGGCCGCCUGUGCAACGGGGACUCCGUGACUCAGAGCUUCCAGGGCGCAGCCGCCGCCGCCCCGCCCCGGGCGUCCCGCCGCGGGGCCCUGCUCCUGCUGGCUGCCCUGCUGGCCUGCGCGCUGGGAGGGCCCUUGGGGCUCGCUGCCUAGGGAGCAGGUGCGGCUCCCUGGAGAACGAGGUCCCUUCAGCGGAGCCCCUCCACCCCCUCUCCCUCCGUCUGCCUCCCUCCGCCCCUCGCCGGUCACCAGGGCAGCCCGGGGCAGGAAACCGCCGCGUCCUGCCCUGCCCGCCGGGUAAUUCUGGCUCCACGGUGGCCCAUGCUCGCCCCCACAGAACCUACCUGGGCUCCAGGUGGGAGCUGCGCUGUCAGCUGUCAUCUCUGUUAGCAUCCGGGUGAGAGGCGGGCGAAGCCAGACCCCGGGACCGGGCUGCCUGGGUACGACCCCGGCUCUGCCGCUCAGCCUGCCCGAGCACGGUGGGCAAGCUGUUGGCGCUGUCUGUCCCUGCUUCCUGGCCUGUAAGGUGGGCGUGCAAAUAAAGUCUGUGCUAACGACCA